AUGACUUCCACAACCAUCCUCCUUCCUGGCACUCUUCUCGGCCCCGCGGACAAGAAUUCUCUCGGCGAAGGAACUCACAUCCACGCCCAAAACAUCUGUGCCUCAAUCGCCGGUCCCUUGGCGGGGGCAGGAGUUCCGACAAAUACAUCCUCCAAAUCGUCCCAAAAAGCCUCUCCCACCCUCUCUAUCCACCGCACCAUAUCCUCCUCAUCUACUGCCCUCCUCCCUGAAGUCAACUCCCUCAUCCUCGGCCGCAUCACGCGCACCAAUCCACGCCAAGCCUCCCUCUUAAUCCUCGCCCUGGGCCCCAAUGGCGAACACAACGUCUCCUCCGACCCUUUUCCGGCUCUCAUUCGCCAACAAGACAUCCGAGCGACGGAAAUCGACAAAGUCAAAGUCGCCGAGUCGUUUCGCGUGGGAGAUAUUGUACGCGCUGUGGUGAUUAGUUUGGGCGAUGAGAGGAGUUAUUAUUUGAGUACGGCCAGGAAUGAAUUGGGUGUCGUUAUGGCGGAGAGUGAGUGGGGAAAUCAGAUGUUUCCGGUUAGUUGGAGGGAGUUUGAGGAUCCUGAGAUGGGGACGAGGGAGGUGAGGAAGGUGGCGAAGCCGAUUUGAAUUGAAUUGGUAAGGGGGUUUGGGUUGAGAGGUGAUUUUUUUUUGAUGCAAGCUGCUUGAGACGGACUAUGAUGUGACUCUCGUGCCUGCAGGCUGGGCAUGUUUGUCAUGUUUGACUCAAGUCUCUGGUUGGCAACAGCUCGAGUGGAUGGUCUUCCUAUCCUUGAUGGAGACGCGGCUUAGGCCUGCUGAUACUACAGGCAAGACUGGGCUGGACUUAGCAGCCGGCGUAUCGCACAGCAGAGGGUCUGUCAAUGGCACCCAAACCCGACCAGCUUGCGGCGACUUCGUGAGCAGAGGAAGUGGAACGUCCAGAAACCGCCUCGAAGCCGAUCGAGACUGUUAGAUUCGAGCAGCUUCAGUGCAGUAUAUACACCGCAGCCUGUCUACGCUUUGGAACAGGUUCGAAUUCGAAGAAGACUACGCUGGUCUGAGCGAUCUAUAAGAAACCGCCAGCAACGCUUCUAUACUCUUAAUGACAUGUGCAUUCCAG